UCGGUCCUCCUCUGCCGGCCCAUGGCAGCGGGCGCGCUGGAGCUCUCGGUGCUCGAGGGGCAGCCAGACGAGCAGACGCCUCUCAAUGGAGCCGUCCGGGUCGAGGAGCCCUGCCCAGCCCAGGCUAGCAAGGAAAGCCCCUGGAGCUCCUGUAAUAGAAAUUUGGUUGGAAAAUGUAAACUGUGGAUGGUCAUCGUCUCUGUCUUCCUAGGUCUCAUUAUAGUGAUCGUCAUAAGCUUAUGUCUUACUGGAGUAACUUAUGUUGAUGAAGAUGAAAAUGAAAUACUUGAAUUGUCAUCAAAUAAAACAUUCAUGAUCAUGCUGAAGAUUCCAGAGGAGUGUGUUACCGAAGAGGGAUUGCCUCACCUGCUCACCAGAAGGCUCACAGAUGUGUACAGGACGUCGCCGUCUCUGAGUCGCUAUUUUACUUCAGUUGAAAUAGUGGACUUCAGUGGUGAAAAUGACACAGUGACCUAUCACCUGCAAUUUGGGGUUCCAUCAGAAGGUGGAAAUUUUAUGAAGUAUAUGAUGAGUGAGGAGUUGGUGCUGGGCAUUUUACUACAGGAUUUCCAUGAUCAGAACGUACCUGGUUGUGAGAGUCUGGGGCUCGAUCCGGCGUCCUUCUUGCUCUCCAAAUGAAGCGGUUAAGGUUGGUCUGUGUCCGAAAGCAGUGCUCCACUGAAUUGUGGUGAUGAAGAGAACUCAUUCUGUUUUACAAAAAAGAUCCUGUGGAUUAACAUAGAAGUGCUUGGCAAUGCCCAGAGGGGUGGAGACUGUCCUUUCUCUCCCAAUUCUGCACAGUUAUAAGGUCUGGCUCCGUAUCCAGCAAAAUGGCUCGCGAGUGCUGCCCCAGCUGAGUCUGGUCUUGAAGCCAGAUGGGGAGGGAGUGCGCAGGUGGACCACACGGGGUGAAGUCAUUGCUAUUCCUGAAGCACUGGCAGCUUCUACCCACACGUGGAUACUUUCUCUCUAGUGCAAGGGUGGCACAUUGCCUCCUUUUAGGCAGGAUCCUGUUAGCCUGUGCUGGUGGAGCAGGGAGAGGCAGGUGGCCAGAUUAGGGAGAAUUGAGCCAAUCACUUGCC